GCUCCGGAUCGCCUCCCGGUCCGCCUCCAAAUGCAAGGACGCGAAAGACAUGGAAGAAUUGCUGCGGGAAUACAUCCCGAUUGUCGUGUUCGUCGGCAUUGCGCUGGUGAUUGGCCUUGCGCUGCUGAUUUCUCCGUUUUUGCUGGCCUACAGGAAUCCGGAUCCCGAAAAACUCUCUGCCUACGAAUGCGGUUUCAACGCUUUCGACGAUGCGCGCAUGAAAUUUGACGUGCGUUUUUACCUGGUGUCGAUCCUGUUCAUCAUCUUUGAUCUCGAAGUUGCGUUCCUGUUUCCCUGGUCGGCCGUGUUCGGUGAACUCGGAUGGUACGGGUUCUGGUCGAUGAUGAUUUUUCUCGGCGUCCUGACGGGCAUCAUUGAUCCGAACACCGGCAAACCUGUUGGUGAAGACGACGCCUUUUUCCUGGAAGUGAACAAUGAGUUGGCGGACAAGGGCUUUCUCGUAACGUCGACCGACAAUCUCAUUCAAUGGGCGCGCACGGGAUCCCUGAUGUGGAUGACUUUCGGGCUUGCCUGCUGCGCCGUUGAAAUGAUGCAGAUGUCGAUGCCGCGCUACGACGCUGAACGCUUCGGUUUCGCACCGCGCGCAUCCCCCAGGCAAUCCGACGUGAUGAUCGUUGCCGGCACGUUGACCAACAAGAUGGCGCCGGCUCUGCGCAAGGUCUACGAUCAGAUGCCCGAGCCGCGUUACGUCAUCUCGAUGGGUUCUUGCGCGAAUGGCGGCGGGUAUUAUCACUAUUCCUAUUCUGUGGUGCGUGGCUGCGACCGGGUUGUGCCCGUCGACAUUUACGUGCCCGGUUGUCCUCCGACGGCUGAAGCGCUUCUUUAUGGUGUUCUCCUUCUUCAAAAGAAGAUCCGGCGCACGGGAACGAUCGAACGGUCGAACACGAUGGACGAGACGCUGAAGGAACUCGCUGAGCAUAUCGAGCUUGGCCUGGGUGAGUCUCUUGUGUCCUACAAGGUCGAAUAUGGUGAGCUGACGCUUUCCGUGAACGCGACCGACAUUCUCGAUGUGGUCCGUUUUCUUCGCGACAACAGUUCAUGCAAGUUCGUCAAUCUGACUGAUAUUUGCGGGGUCGACUAUCCGGCACGCGAAAAGCGUUUCGAUGUCGUUUAUCACUUCUUGUCCCCGGUCCAGAAUCAUCGGAUCCGAGUGAAGCUUGAAACCGACGAAGACACAGCUGUGGCUUCGCUCACGCCCUUGUUUCCCGGUGCGGAAUGGUUUGAACGCGAAGCCUAUGACAUGUACGGCAUUCUGUUCACCGGCCACCCGGAUCUCCGCCGGAUACUGACCGACUACGGCUUUGACGGUCACCCGCUACGGAAGGAUUUCCCCGUUACCGGAUUUGUCGAAGUCCGCUACGACGACGAAAAGAAGCGUGUUGUCUACGAGCCGGUGCGGCUGAACCAGGAUGAAGCAGCGCUCGGCGUCUACAGGUCAUCGGACUAUGGGGAGCGCGUGUUUUGCAAUACUUGUGGCUCCACAAUCGCCUGGCGCCUGCGGGACGGCUCCCACACUUCGAUGUCGGCGCAGGCGUUCGACGAUCCUUCGAUCUUCAAAUUCACAUCUGAAAUCUUCGUGGAUGAGCAACCGGAAAAUUACGCUCAGGUCAGAAACUUCAACAUCAACUUCGGACCGCAGCAUCCGGCGGCACACGGGGUUCUUCGCCUGGUGCUGGAGCUGGAUGGCGAGGUGGUAACCCGCGUCGACCCGCAUAUAGGUCUCCUGCAUCGGGGAACCGAGAAACUCAUCGAGCAGAAGACGUAUCUGCAGGCAAUUCCCUACUUCGAUCGCCUCGACUACGUGGCGCCGAUGAACCAGGAACAUGCAUUUGCGAUGGCCGUCGAGCGGCUGAUUGGGAUCGAGGUGCCGAAGCGGGGCCAGCUGAUCAGGGUUCUGUAUUCUGAAAUCGGUCGCAUCCUGUCGCACCUCUUGAACGUGACGACACAGGCGAUGGAUGUCGGUGCCCUGACGCCGCCGCUUUGGGGGUUCGAGCCUCGCGAAGAACUGAUGGUGUUCUACGAGCGUGCCUGUGGCGCACGCAUGCAUUCCGCCUAUGUACGUCCAGGCGGGGUUCAUCAGGACCUGCCGCGCGAUCUUCUCGACGAUAUCUGGGAUUUUUGCGACCCGUUUCUGCAGACACUGGAUGAUAUUGAAGGACUGCUGACCGACAACAGGAUCUUCAAGCAGCGCAAUGUCGAUAUCGGUGUCGUCGAUCUGGACGAUGCCUGGGCGUGGGGCUUUUCCGGUGUCAUGGUGCGCGGGUCAGGAGCGGCAUGGGAUUUGCGCAAGUCGCAACCCUAUGAGUGUUAUCCCGAACUCGAAUUCGACAUUCCGAUCGGCAAGAACGGUGAUUGCUACGAUCGCUAUCUCAUUCGCAUGGAAGAAAUGCGCCAGUCGGUUCGGAUCAUGAAACAAUGCCUCGAGAAACUGACUGUGGAAACAGGACCUGUUUCUUCGGUAGACGGCAAGAUCGUUCCACCGAAGCGCGGUGAAAUGAAGCGGUCGAUGGAAGCGCUAAUUCACCACUUCAAGCUCUACACCGAGGGGUAUCAUGUCCCGGCCGGGGAGGUGUAUGCCGCCGUUGAAGCGCCAAAGGGGGAAUUUGGCGUCUAUCUUGUCUCGGACGGUACCAACAAGCCGUACAGGUGCAAGAUCAAGGCACCUGGGUACGCACAUCUGCAGGCGAUGGACUUCCUUUGCCGCGGCCAUAUGCUCGCUGACGUCUCGGCGGUGCUUGGUUCAAUGGAUAUCGUGUUCGGUGAGAACGGGGAUAACACCAUGGCGGUUCGCCGACUUGCCGCGGAACAACCAGAAAGCUUCGAGUUCACCGAGAAGAACCUCGCAUGGGCAAACAAGCUGAUCGAUCGUUAUCCGGCGGGCCGUCAGGCUUCCGCGGUCAUUCCGCUGUUGUGGCGCGCACAGGAGCAGAAUGAUGGUUGGGUCAGCGAGCCUUCCAUCCGGUACAUCGCCGAACUUCUCGACAUGCCGAACAUUCGUGUCCUGGAAGUGGCGACAUUCUACACGAUGUUCCAGCUGCAGCCUGUCGGCAAGAAAGCGCAUAUUCAGGUUUGUGGAACGACGCCCUGCCAGCUGCGUGGAUCAGAAGAUCUGAUCAAGAUCUGCAAGUCCCGCAUUGCGAAUCACAUGCACGAAAUCUCCGAGGAUGGCAUGUUCUCCUGGGAAGAAGUCGAGUGCCUGGGAGCCUGCGUCAAUGCGCCGAUGGUGCAGAUCUACAAGGAUACAUACGAAGACCUGACUCCGGAGAGCUUUGAAAACCUGCUUGACGACAUUGAAGCCGGUAACGAGGUAACACCGGGACCACAGAAUGGCCGCCGGUUUGCAAUGGCCGAGGGUGGCCUGACAAGCCUGACCGAACUUGACGAUGACACCAAGGGUGUUCUGCCGCUGCCGCAUGUCGUUGACGGCGCGGAAAAGGCGUCGCACGAGUUUGCAGGUGCCGCCAUCAACACGGGUGGCAAUGACUAUGACGGUGUGCCGACGCCGGCUGAAGAUGCCGUCGCGAAGGUGAGAGCGGAGUUCGCUGCGAAAGCGGAGAAAAAGGUUGCCAACUGGGGGCCGGCCGAAGUCGCCUGGGUGGAUAGCAGAUUGAAGUUCAAGGGCCGUAUCGAGCGUGAUGGCUGGAUCGAUCGGAUCUUCACCAAUAUCUACGGUCUGCACGACUGGGGACUGGACGGUGCGAAAAAGCGCGGCCAGUGGGACGAUACCAAGGGGCUGAUCGACAAGGGCCGUGACUGGAUCAUUCAGGAAAUGAAGGAUUCCGGUCUGCGUGGCCGUGGUGGUGCAGGCUUUCCCACGGGACUGAAAUGGUCAUUCAUGCCCAAGGCAACCGACGGGCGUCCGGCGUAUCUCGUCGUCAAUGCCGACGAAUCCGAACCUGGAACCUGCAAGGAUCGGGAAAUACUGCGUCAUGACCCGCAUACGCUGGUCGAGGGAUGCCUGGUAGCCGGUUUCGCCAUGGGGGCCAUUGCCGCCUAUAUCUACGUGCGCGGCGAAUUCAUCCGCGAACGAGAGCGACUGCAGGCGGCAAUCGAUCAGGCAUACGAUGACGGACUGAUCGGCAAGAACAACAAGAACGGUUACGAUUUCGACAUCUAUGUCCAUCACGGCGCAGGUGCCUACAUCUGCGGCGAGGAAACAGCGCUGCUGGAAAGUCUUGAAGGCAAGAAGGGCCAACCGCGUCUGAAACCGCCUUUUCCGGCCAAUGUCGGCCUCUAUGGCUGUCCGACGACCGUAAACAACGUUGAGUCCAUUGCCGUGGCGCCAACAAUCCUGCGACGGGGAGCCGCCUGGUUCUCCGCUCUCGGGCGGCCAAACAACACAGGCACGAAACUCUUCUGCGUCUCCGGACACGUCAAUCAGCCGGCGACCUUCGAAGAAGAACUCGGGGUUCCGUUUUCGGAGAUGAUCGACAAGCACUGCGGCGGUAUUCGCGGUGGAUGGGACAACCUUCUGGCGGUUAUCCCGGGUGGGUCCUCGGUUCCCUGCUGCACGGCGGACGAGAUCAAGGACGCGCCGAUGGAUUUCGACACCCUUCGCGGCAUGGGGUCUGGCCUCGGAACUGCGGCCGUGAUCGUGAUGGAUAAAUCAACCGACAUCAUCAAGGCAAUCGCGCGCCUUUCCUACUUCUACAAGCAUGAAAGCUGCGGUCAGUGCACGCCAUGCCGGGAAGGCACAGGCUGGAUGUGGCGGGUGAUGGAACGCAUGGUCAAGGGCGAAUCCUCCUACGAGGAAAUCGACAUGCUGUUCAAGGUUACAAAGCAGGUCGAAGGCCAUACGAUUUGUGCGCUCGGGGAUGCGGCUGCAUGGCCGAUCCAGGGUUUGAUCAAGAAUUUCCGGCCGGUCAUCGAGCAACGCAUCGACGACUAUGUUGCCAAGUCGAAGGAAGUGGAAGUCCCGGCGGACUACACGCUGCUUCAGGCCUGUGAAGAGGCGGGCGCCGAGGUUCCGCGCUUUUGUUACCACGACCGGCUGUCGAUAGCCGGCAACUGCCGCAUGUGCCUGGUGGAAGUGAAGGGUGGGCCGCCCAAACCGACCGCGUCAUGCGCCAUGGGCGUAAAAGACCUGCGCUCGGGGCCCAAUGGCGAGCCUCCCGUCGUCGAAACCAAGUCCGAAAUGGUCAAGAGCGCGCGCGAAGGGGUGAUGGAGUUCCUGCUCAUCAACCACCCGCUCGAUUGUCCGAUCUGUGACCAGGGUGGCGAGUGCGACCUGCAGGACCAGGCCAUGGCCUACGGGGUCGACGGGUCGCGUUUUCACGAAAACAAGCGUGCGGUCGAGAACAAGGAAAUCGGUCCGCUGAUCAAGACGAUCAUGACCCGCUGCAUCCAUUGCACCCGUUGCGUCCGAUUCACCACAGAGGUGUGUGGCGUAACCGACAUGGGUCUUGUCGGUCGCGGUGAAAAUGCCGAGAUCACCACAUAUCUUGAAGCGGCCCUGUCAUCGGAGAUGCAGGGAAACGUGGCGGAUCUGUGCCCGGUCGGUGCUCUGACGCACAAGCCUUAUGAAUUUCAUGCGCGUCCAUGGGAACUGACCAAGACCGAGAGCGUGGAUGUCAUGGAUGCGGUCGGAUCCGCGAUCCGUGUCGACUCCCGUGGCAAGGAAGUCAUGCGCGUCAUGCCGCGCCUGAACGAGGAGGUCAACGAAGAAUGGAUCUCCGACAAGUCCCGGUACAUCUGGGAUGGUCUCAAGACGCAACGCCUUGAUCGUCCCUAUGCCAAGAAGGACGGCAAGCUGCAGCCUGUCUCCUGGACGGAAGCUUUCCAGAUCAUCGCCGAAAAGGUGAAGGCUACGUCGGCUGGCAAGAUCGGUGCGCUCGCCGGGCAGUUGGCCAGUGUCGAAGACAUGUUUGCGCUGAAAUGCCUGAUGGAAAAGCUGGGCGUUGCGAAUAUCGACAGCCGUUUCCCGGGGUCGCCAUUGCAUCCUGGAAACGGUCGUGCGAGCUACAUUUUCAACUCCACGAUCCAGGGCAUUGAAGACGCUGACGCGAUCAUGCUGAUCGGCACCAACCCUCGGCAGGAAGCGCCUGUGCUGAAUGCGCGUAUCCGCGCACGCUGGACGAGGGGCGAUGUUCAUAUCGGGCUUAUUGGCGAAGACGCCGAUCUGACGUAUCCGGUGACUUACCUGGGUGCCGGGCCUGAAAGCCUUAAGCAGUUUGUCGACCACGCUCCGGCAAAGGCCGAGCGUCCCAUGUUCAUCAUCGGGCAGGGCGCUCUCAACCGUCCGGAUGGAGCUGCCGUUCUGGCCACUCUGGCGGCAGCUGCAAAAUCGCUCGGAGUUAUCAAGGAAGGCUGGAACGGUUUCAACGUGUUGCACACAGAAGCCUCCCAGGUCGGCGCGCUCGAUAUCGGUUUUGUUCCGGGUGAAGACGGCAAAGACACUGGUGCCAUGCUGGAAGAAGGAGCGCUUGAUUUGCUCUUCCUGCUCGGUGUCGACGAACUUGAUGUUCCGGACGGUGCCUUCGUGGUCUACCAGGGUACACACGGUGAUCGCGGAGCACAUCGUGCCGACGUGAUCCUGCCGGGCGCUGCCUACACCGAGAAAUCCGGGAUCUAUGUCAAUACCGAAGGCCGUGUCCAGAUGGCCGACCGGGCGGCGUUUCCGCCUGGCGACGCGCGAGAAGACUGGGCCAUUCUGAGGGCGCUUUCCGGAAAUCUCGAUCAGACGCUGGAAUUCGACUCGCUCGCCGAGUUGCGUGCGAAACUGUUCGAAGCCCAUCCUCACAUGACCGGUAUCGAUAUGAUCGAGACGGGUAAUGGCGCGGAUGUCGAAAAGCUGGCCGACGCGUCUGCCCGCAUGGAUGGUGCCAGAUUUGCCAAUGUGAUCCGUGACUUUUUUCUGACCAACCCGAUCGCUCCGACCUACCUGGGUCAGUUUCUCCUGAUGGCGCUUAAGAGCGUUCUGCUCAUGGUCGUGCUGCUGGUGAUCGUGGCCUAUAUUCUAUAUGCCGACCGCAAGAUCUGGGCCGCCGUCCAGAUUCGCCGCGGUCCCAAUGUCGUCGGACCAUGGGGCCUUCUGCAGAGUUUUGCCGACCUUCUGAAAUUUGUCUUGAAGGAACCGGUCAUUCCGGACGGGUCGAACAAGAUCCUGUUUUUGCUGGCCCCGCUGAUCUCCGUGCUGCUAGCCCUGUCUGCAUGGGCCGUGAUCCCGGUUGCUGACGGCUGGGUGAUUGCGAAUAUCAAUGUCGGCGUUCUGUUUGUUUUUGCCGUAUCCUCACUUGAAGUCUAUGGCGUUAUCAUCGGCGGAUGGGCUUCCAACUCGAAAUAUCCGUUCCUGUCCGCGCUUCGAUCUGCCGCACAGAUGGUGUCCUACGAGGUUUCCAUCGGCUUCGUGAUCGUGACCGUUCUUCUGUGUGCAGGAACCCUGAACCUGACCGGAAUUGUCGAGGCGCAGCAGACAGGUCUGGCGACCUUGCUCGGCGUGCCAUGGCUGUCAUUUCUGAACUGGUACUGGUUGCCGCUCUUCCCGAUGUUCGUGGUGUUCUUCGUUUCUGCGCUUGCAGAGACAAACAGACCUCCGUUCGACCUGGCUGAAGCUGAAUCGGAACUGGUCGCCGGCUUCAUGGUGGAAUACGGAUCCACUCCGUACAUGAUGUUCAUGCUUGGCGAGUAUGUCGCGAUCUGUCUGAUGUGUGCGCUGAUGACCAUCUUCUUCAUGGGGGGAUGGCUGCCGCCCUUCGACUUUGCGCCCUUCACAUGGGUGCCCGGGAUUGUCUGGUUCAUUUUGAAAUGCCUGCUCGGCUUCUUCAUGUUCGCCAUGGUGAAGGCGAUGGUUCCGCGGUACCGCUAUGAUCAGCUCAUGCGCCUUGGCUGGAAGGUCUUCCUGCCGCUGUCGCUUGGCAUGGUGGUUGUCGUUGCAGCGGUGCUGAUGGCCACGGGUUGGGCGCCGGGCGCGACGUACAAAGCGCCCUUGAGCGCACUGAUUUUUGGAGUUCCGGUGAUCGGCUUCCCGAUUGUCGGCUAUUGGGCGAUCACCAUCGAGGCGGGGCCACGCCGGAAUGACGGCACACGCAGGACCACCCGAUACGACAUCGACAUGGUCAAAUGCAUCUAUUGCGGCUUCUGCCAGGAAGCCUGCCCUGUGGACGCAAUUGUCGAAGGGCCGAAUUUCGAGUUCGCCACGGAAACCCGCGAAGAGCUCUACUACGACAAGGUCUUUGAAAUGAUCCUGAAAGCCCUCUUCUUCUACCUGUUUGCCGGUGUCACACUGGCGUCAGGGUUCAUGGUGAUCGCGGCCCGAAAUCCGGUGACGUCGGUUCUGUUCCUGAUCCUGGCCUUUGUGAAUUCAGCAGGUUUGUUCGUGCUUCUCGGUGCUGAAUACCUGGCGAUGCUUCUUGUGGUCGUCUAUGUCGGCGCGGUCGCGGUGCUUUUCCUGUUCGUUGUGAUGAUGCUGGACGUUGAUUUCGUCGAGUUGCGGCAAGGCUUCCUGCAAUAUCUUCCGAUCGGUGGUCUGGUUGGCCUCAUUCUCAUGGUCGAGCUCCUGAUGGGCCUGGGAGCCUGGGUCAUCGUACCUGACGUUCUUGGGCAUGGCGCGGAACCGACACCGGACCUUGCCCAGACAAGCAACAUCGAGGCGCUCGGGUCGGUGCUCUACACGAAAUACAUCUAUUUCUUCCAGGUCGCAGGCCUGGUGCUGCUGGUGGCGAUGAUCGGGGCAAUUGUCCUGACCCUGCGCCACAAGCCGAAUGUCAAACGUCAAAGCAUACCGGAUCAGGCGCCCAUGGAAAUCGGUCUGUCGCACUAUUUGUCUGUCGCGGCCAUCCUGUUCACGAUCGGAAUAUUCGGGAUCUUCCUGAACAGGAAAAACGUGAUUGUCAUCCUGAUGUCCAUCGAACUGCUUUUGCUGUCGGUGAACAUCAACUUUGUCGCCUUUUCGUCGUUCCUCGGCGACCUGAUGGGGCAGAUCUUCACCAUGCUGGUCCUCACCGUGGCCGCCGCGGAAGCGGCAAUCGGGCUUGCGAUCCUGGAGCUGAUGUAUUCCGCAAUCCUGUUCCUGCCGCUUAUAGGCUUUCUGAUUGCCGGCCUUUUCGGCCGUGCGAUUGGCGACAAAGCCUGCGAAUACGUCACGAGCGGGCUGGUCAUACUGGCGGCCCUGUUGUCUUGGAUCACGUUCUUCGGUUUCUGGCUCGGCGGCUCCGAACUGCAGAUCGAGCCGUUGUUCCGCUGGAUGGACGCAGGUGACCUGAAAGUCAUGUGGUCCAUUCGGGUCGACACCCUGACAGCGGUCAUGCUGGUCGUGGUCAACACGGUUUCCGCGCUGGUGCAUGUCUAUUCCAUCGGCUACAUGCACCACGAUCCGCACCGUCCCAGGUUUUUCGCCUAUCUGUCGUUGUUCACCUUCGCGAUGCUGUCGCUGGUAACAGCAGACAAUCUUCUUCAGAUGUUCUUCGGCUGGGAAGGCGUGGGUCUGGCUUCCUAUCUGCUGAUCGGUUUCUGGUACAAGAAGCCGUCAGCGAAUGCGGCUGCGAUCAAGGCCUUCGUCGUCAACCGGGUUGGUGACUUCGGCUUCGCACUCGGCAUCUUCGGCAUUUUCUUCAUCUUCCAGAGCAUCGAAUUCACAACGAUCUUCAACGACGCGCCUUCCUUCAUCGAGGGGCAGGGCGAAGUGAUGACCUUCCUUGGGUAUCACCUUGAUCCGCAAGCGGCGAUGACGAUUAUCUGCCUGCUGCUUUUCAUGGGAGCGAUGGGCAAGUCGGCCCAGUUCCUGCUGCACACCUGGCUGCCGGACGCAAUGGAAGGUCCGACACCGGUUUCAGCGCUGAUCCAUGCAGCAACCAUGGUGACCGCGGGUGUCUUCAUGGUGGCACGCCUGUCGCCCCUGAUGGAACUGUCCCAGACCGCGUUGACGGUGAUCAUCUUCUUCGGUGCGACAACCGCUUUCUUUGCGGCAACGAUCGGCCUGGUCCAGAACGAUAUCAAACGCGUGAUUGCCUAUUCGACUUGUUCGCAGCUCGGGUACAUGUUCGUGGCACUCGGUGUUGGAGCCUAUUCGAUCGGCAUUUUCCACCUGUUCACGCAUGCGUUCUUCAAGGCGCUUCUGUUCCUGUGCGCCGGGUCCGUGAUCCACGCAGUUUCCGAUGAGCAGGACAUGCGCAAGAUGGGCGGUCUUCGCAAGCACAUCCCGAUCACCUACUGGACGAUGAUGAUCGGCACGCUGGCACUGACCGGGGUCGGUAUCCCACUCACUCAUCUCGGAUUUGCCGCUUACGCCAGUGCCGGUGGUGAACAUGCGAACCCGAUGGCGCUAUACGGUUUCUGGAUGACGGUGAUCGCUGCGGCGCUGACGUCGUUCUAUUCCUGGCGCCUGACCUUCAUGACUUUCCAUGGCAAGCCACGUGCUCCGGUGGACGUGAUGAAACAUGUUCAUGAAUCGCCGCGUGUGAUGACUAUCCCCUUGUUCGUCCUGUCGGCCGGCGCUGCGCUUGCAGGAAUGAUCUUUUACAGUUCAUUCUAUGGUGAAGGCUAUGAAGCCUUCUGGAAGGGCUCGCUCUUCACGUCGGAAGCCAAUCACGUCCUUCACGAAAUGCACUCUGUCCCCGCUUGGGUGAAAGUGUCACCAUUUGUGAUGAUGGCUCUCGGUUUCCUGGUCGCCUAUCAGUUCUAUAUCCGCUCUCCGGAAACACCGAAGAAGCUCGCGGAACGCCAUCAGGGCCUAUACCAGUUCCUGUUGAACAAGUGGUAUUUCGACGAGAUCUACGAUUUCCUGAUUGUCCGUCCCACGAUGUGGCUUGGCCGUGUUCUCUGGAAGAAGGGCGACGGUACGGUCAUCGACGGCUACGGUCCUGACGGAAUUUCCGCACGUGUCCAGAACGUCACGUCCUGGGUCGUGAGGCUUCAGACCGGAUAUCUCUAUCACUAUGCAUUUGCGAUGCUGAUCGGCGUUGCAGCGCUUAUUACCUGGUCAAUGUUCACCGGAAGCAAGCGCAACAUCCGGAUGGUCGCUCUGGUGACCACAGGUGUGACGUUCCUGUUGUCGCUUUUCAUCUGGGGCAAUUUCGACUACGCCAAUCCAGGCUUCCAGUUCGUGGAAAACCGGGACUGGCUCGGUGGUGACAUCAGCUACAAGAUGGGUGUCGACGGGAUUUCCGUCCUGUUCGUGAUCCUGACCACCUUCCUGAUGCCGUUCUGCAUUCUCGCGUCCUGGGAAAGUGUCCAGAAACGCGUGAAGGAGUACAUGAUCGCGUUUCUGGUUCUGGAAACGCUGAUGAUAGGCGUGUUCUGUUCGCUUGACCUUUUCGUCUUCUACAUCUUCUUCGAGGCAGGCCUUAUCCCGAUGUUCCUGAUCAUCGGCGUGUGGGGCGGCAAGCGCAGGGUCUACGCGUCCUACAAGUUCUUCCUCUAUACGCUGCUCGGAUCGGUCCUGAUGCUGAUCGCGAUCAUGACGAUGUACUGGGACGCCGGCACAACAGACAUUGAAAAAUUGAUGGCGCAUACGUUCCCGUCCGGCAUGCAGACGUGGUUAUGGGUGGCGUUCUUUGCCAGCUUUGCAGUGAAGAUGCCGAUGUGGCCGGUACAUACCUGGUUGCCCGAUGCCCACGUGGAAGCGCCGACCGCGGGGUCGGUCAUCCUGGCCGGCAUUCUCCUGAAGCUUGGUGGUUACGGUUUCCUGCGCUUCUCGUUGCCCAUGUUCCCGAUUGCCUCGGACAUGUUCGCACCGUUCAUCUUUACCCUUUCCGUUGUGGCGAUCAUCUACACGUCGCUGGUUGCGCUCGCCCAGGAAGACAUCAAGAAGCUGAUUGCAUACUCAUCUGUCGCCCACAUGGGUUACGUGACCAUGGGUAUCUUCACGAUGACAGAGCAGGGUGUACAGGGCGGGAUCUUCCAGAUGCUGUCGCACGGUAUCGUGUCCGGAGCGCUCUUCCUGUGUGUCGGGGUUAUCUAUGACAGGAUGCACACCCGCGAAAUCUCCGCUUACGGAGGGCUCGUCAACCGCAUGCCGAAAUACGCCGUUGCCUUCCUGAUUUUCACCAUGGCCAAUGUGGGCCUGCCGGGCACGUCCGGUUUCGUGGGUGAAAUCCUGACGCUCAUGGGUGCAUUCCAGGUCAACACCUGGGUGGCGUUCCUGGCAACGUCCGGUGUGAUCCUGUCUGCAGCCUACGCGCUUUACCUCUACCGCCGUGUUGUGUUCGGUGCGCUGGAGAAGGAAAGCCUGAAGUCGAUGCUGGAUCUCAAUCUUCGGGAGAAGGUCAUACUGUUCCCGAUGAUCGUCCUGACGAUUUUCUUCGGAUUCUAUCCAAUGGCAAUCCUGGAUGUGACACAGGGCUCCGUGGACAAUCUCAUCAAUCACUACACUGCAGCGUAUCGAGGGCGAGACAGAGCUAUGUCAGAUGUGACUCAAUUGCCAGAUCUCAUGCCGGUUCUGCCGGAGAUCAUCCUGGCCGUCGGUGCCAUGGUGCUUCUGAUGAUCGGCGCCUUCGGUGGAAAAGGCGUUAGCUACGCGGUCUUCGGCUUUGCUAUGGGCCUGCUUGGCACAGCGUUCCUGAUCCUCCUGCUCGUUCCGACAUUUGGCGAGACGUUCGGCGGAUCCUUCGUCCUGGACGAGUUCGCCUAUCUGCUGAAACUCAUGGUGCUGGUUGGUUCGUUCUUUGCCAUUGCAAUGUCCUGGGCUUAUGCCAAGAGCCAGUCCUUCGAUCAUUUCGAGUAUCCGAUCCUGAUCAUUCUUGCGACGCUCGGCAUGAUGCUGAUGCUGUCUGCGAACGACAUGAUUGCGCUUUAUCUCGGUCUGGAACUGCAGAGCCUGUCGCUCUACGUGGUGGCCGCAAUCAACCGGGACAGUGUGAGAUCCACGGAAGCCGGGCUGAAGUAUUUCGUUCUCGGGGCGCUGUCCUCAGGCAUGCUGCUUUACGGAAUGUCGCUGGUUUACGGCUUUACCGGACAGAUUUCCUUUGCGGGCAUCGCGGAAGUUCUCACGGAUGACGGAGCGUCCAUUGGUCUUGUCAUUGGCCUGACAUUCAUCCUGGCAGGUCUCGCCUUCAAGAUAUCCGCCGUGCCGUUCCACAUGUGGACACCUGACGUUUAUGAAGGUGCACCGACACCCGUGACAGCGUUUCUGGCUGCGGCGCCGAAAGUCGCCGCGAUGGGCAUGCUGGUGCGGAUCGUCAUCGAGGCGUUUCAUCCUGUCACCAGUGACUGGCAGCAGGUUAUCGUCUUUGUCUCGAUUGCUUCCAUGGCGCUUGGUGCCUUUGCCGCAAUCGGUCAGCGCAACCUGAAACGGCUGAUGGCCUAUUCCUCGAUCGGGCAUAUGGGCUAUGCGCUUGUGGGGCUGUCCGCGGGAACGCAGACCGGCGUCGAAGGCGUCAUUUUCUACAUGAUUGCCUAUCUCGGCAUGACGCUUGGUGUGUUUGCCUGCAUCCUGUCAAUGCGCCGCAAGGACGGUAUGGUCGAAGAGAUCGAUGACCUUGCCGGAUUGUCCCAGACCAAUCUUCCCAUGGCGAUCCUGCUCGCGCUCCUGAUGUUCUCGCUUGCCGGUAUUCCGCCGCUCGUCGGUUUCUUCGGCAAGUGGUACGUCUUUGUGGCUGCCGUUCAGGCCGGUCUCUAUCCCCUGGCCAUUAUCGGUGUGCUGAUGUCCGUAGUCGGAGCCUACUAUUAUCUGCGCAUCGUCAAGGUGAUGUUCUUUGACGAGCCGGUAGAGGGCUUUGAAACCAUGCCGAUGGAAUUGCGCGUGGUUCUUGGCCUGUCGAGCGUCUUCGUGGUGCUUUUCUGGCUCGCGCCGGGACAAGUCGUCAAUGCGGCCAGCACCGCGGCACAAUCACUGUUCUACCAUAAAAUCGUCGGAUCCACCAAUGCCCUUUGCUUCGAACGGGCUCGAAUGGGUCAUACCGGCGGACUCUGGAUCCGUGCACAGGAACAGACCGAGGGGCGUGGGCGCAGGGGUCGGGAAUGGUCCUCCCCGACGGGAAAUCUCUUCACCAGUCUGCUUCUGGUCGACCCGAAACCCGCUGACAGGAUCGGUGAAUUGCCUCUUGUUGCGGCAGUUGCCCUGGCGGAAGCAGUUGACAAAGCAGCCGGAACGCUCCAUCUGGUGGAAUUGAAAUGGCCGAACGACCUUUUGGUCAACGGGGCUAAGCUCUCGGGCAUUCUGCUUGAGGCAGAAGUGCUUGCCGAUGGCCGUCAGGCUGUUGUUAUCGGCUUCGGGGUCAAUUGUAUUUCCCACCCGCCGCUUUCGCUGUAUCAGGCAACCGAUCUCAGGAGCCUAGGGUUCCAGGUGUCGGCUGAGCGUCUGUUCGAGGCGCUGGCGUCAUCUUUCUCGGAGAUGCUUGACGGUUGGCGGAAACCGGGCGGAUUUGAAACGAUCCAAAAGAAAUGGCUCAAACGGGCGGCCCAUCUGGGCAAAGAAAUUACCGUCAGGACAGCCAGAGAAGAAAUUUCCGGCAUUUUUGCCGAUCUGGAUGCGCGUGGCCAUCUCGUGCUCAAGCAGGAUGAUGGCGGAAUGCGCACCAUUUAUGCAGGCGACGUGUUUUUGUCCGGCGAAUGA